CGGGGACAACUGCGCAGUGUCGCCGCUGGGGCGACUUUCUUUCAUGCUUUUAUUUUUCACUUCCCUUAAUCCGAUGGCACACCCGUGAGGAUGAGCAGGCUUGCGUGAACGUACCGCAAUCUUCCACCUCCCUUUCCGACCUAUAUCUCUUCUUCAAUCCCCAGUCAUUGGUCUUCGCCACUCAACCAUGACUGACACCCGUGUAAUCGACUUGGAAGAGGAUCCCACCUUCCUUUGGGAAAUAUGGUCUUGGUUCGUCAUUGGUGUAACGGUUAUAUUCUUGCGCUUCGUGGUGCGGUUGCGUACCGUGGGCCUGAGGGGUUUCCAGGGCGAUGAUUAUGUGACGUUGGUUGUCCUGGCGUGCUAUGCUAUGGAUGCAAUUCUCGUGCAUAUCGUCUACGAGAAGGGUUCCAAUGUCGAUGUGGCCGACUCGAUGGUCCCGCUCUUGACAGACCAAGACGUCCGAAUUCUCGAGGCCGGAUCAAAGGCCCAGUUGGGCGCCUGGUACAGCUACACGGCGCUAAUCUGGUGCAUGAAGUUUUGCGUGCUGUUUUUUUACAAGCGAUUGACAAUGAAGACAUGGCAGAACAGACUGCUCAACCACAUGUUCUGGGUAUGCGGCGUGACAUACACGGCAGUUUUUCUCACUGUCACCUUUGGUUGCCACCCCAUGCACGAAAACUGGCAGGUCCGCCCUAAGCCCAGCAGGCAAUGCACCUUCAAGCCGCAAAACUUCCUCGUCUCGGCCGCGCUCAACAUCCUCACCGACGGCAUUAUUCUGUCGAUCCCCGUCCCGCUCCUCUGGAAGCUACAGGUCCCAAUGAAGAAAAAGGUCGCCGUUGCGAUCCUCCUAUCCUCAGGUCUCUUCAUCAUCUCGGCAGCCAUAAUACGCGCCGCCCUGACGCUGGGCAACGCACCUUCGGGCCUCAACAUCAACCGCUGGGGCGUGCGCGAGACCAUCAUCGGCAUCCUCGCUGUCAACGCGCCAAUCCUGGCUCCGCUCUUCACGCGCGCCUUCUGGGUCCGCGGCCCCUACCGGCCCAUGUCCGCCAAGCGGGGCAACGACUCGACGUCCAUGCGCAUGGAAACACGCGCGACGCGGGCGGACCGCAAGGCGCGCUUCUCGAGCACCGUGGGGCGCAGCCAGGUGUCGACGCUGGACUCGGACGAGGAGGCCAUUCUCGACGGCAAGGAGGCCAUGCAAUCGGGUGCGGGGUCAAACGUCGUGUCCAACGUUGUCUUGGUCGAGCAGACGUAUGAUAUCCGCGUGUCUGAUCGCGAUGAGGAGUCGUUUAUGGAGGGCCGGACUGAAGGCUGGAGGGGCGGGCAGAACAACGCCGAGGUUACGGCGUUAGAUGCGGAGAGGACGCAUCCGGGCUGGUUUGGAAGCGUGCCGCGAGAGACAUAGCUUUGCUUGUCCUUGGAGUUGGUAUCCUUGGAGUUGGGGCGGGAUGGGUUUGGUCGGGAUUCAUUGCAUUGGAACCCCCCGACACACUAGCCGGUUUACUAGUUUCAUAUGUAUACAUUCCUGUGCUGACGUUACUCCCACUGGGGUCAGCAGCAGAUGAUAAAAAUAAGAAUUUAAUGACGAUGAAAGAAAAAAAUGCAAGCGUGAGACGAAUUUCCGCUUCAAGAUCCUUGGCUAUUGUCCUUCUUGCAUGCUGCCAAUGCU